AGGACGACCAGCACCAUGAGAGCUCUCCAGUACUGUCCUCUGCUCCUGCUAUCUCUAAUUCUGCUACCAACCAACAGUGAGGCUCUGAAGUGUUAUACCUGUAUGGGCUCUAAUAAUGACGACUGCAACCGGCAAGGCUCCAAAUCUUGUCCCAGCUAUUCUGAUGCCUGUGCUGUGGUGUUGGGCCAUGACAGUGGGGUGAUGAAGUCAUGCUCCUACAAGUCGUUCUGUAGUCAAGCCAACAGCCAAGGCUACAGAGCACCAGGUGUCAAAGUUCAUUGCUGCUACAGUAAUGACUGCAAUGUGACGAACUUCACCUCCCGCCUGCCAGGACUCAACUAUCUGCUGCUGUUUCUGCCUCUGUUCUGGUGUUUCUUUAAGUAGACAUACUGUUCAUGUCAUCUGCAGCACACACGCCAACUAUUAUUUUUCUCAUUUACUUCAAA